ACUAGACGCUCACGGUUCACCCCUCCAUCUCUUUCUCUCACUCACAAAAUUGAAAUUGAAAUCAAAACACAAAACCGUAUAAAUGAAAGUCUGCGCGAUUGUUCGUUCAUAAAUAAACAGAAGCAUAGAUCUGAGCAAAAUCUAACAGACGGAAUCUUAGUUAUGACGCUCGGCUCAGGAGGAUCGGGUGUCGUAGUUCCUAGAAACUUCAGAUUGCUGGAGGAACUUGAACGAGGAGAAAAGGGCAUUGGAGAUGGAACUGUUAGCUACGGGAUGGACGAUGGAGAUGAUAUGUACAUGCGCUCUUGGACUGGAACCAUCAUCGGCCCCCAUAAUUCAGUACAUGAAGGCCGCAUUUAUCAACUGAAGCUUUUCUGCGACAAGGAUUACCCUGAGAAGCCGCCAAGUGUUCGAUUCCAUUCUAGGAUCAAUGUGGCUUGUGUCAACCAUGAAACAGGGCUGGUGGAAUCAAAGAAAUUUGGAAUCCUGGGGAAUUGGCAUCGAGAGUAUACAAUGGAAGACAUACUGAUUCAGCUGAAAAAGGAGAUGGCAUCUUCUCAUAAUAGGAAGCUUGUGCAGCCUCCUGAAGGUACCUUUUUCUAAUGUCUGGUUCAAAUUCAUCAUCUGUAUAAAAAGAAUUGAUCACUCCAAACUUCGAGAAAAAAAAUUGAUGGUGAAUCCUUCCUUUUCUUUGUUGGGCUUAUAUUGUGAUUUAUUUUCUUCCUUUUCUUAAUCUAGUAGCUGAUUUUUUUUAUUAGUGGCAUUGUAUGAAAUUCAGUAUUAAGUUAAUGAUUUAGACAAAACAUAAUUCUUACAUGAUUGUUAUUAUAAUAAACUAU